AUGCGACAAACGUUAGUAUUCGGCGCAAAGCUAACAGGAAUAUUAGUGCACUCAAAAAACAUAGUACACGGUGAUCUCACCGGCAACAACAUUCUCAUCGAUGAGAACGGCAAUGCCUUCGUGGCUGACCACGGAGUUCUCAUUUUCUGUGCCGAACUCCAUGGCACCUCAUAUAUCAGAAGCAAUGUGCGGUGGGCCGCGCCUGAAAACUUUCAAGUCCCGGAAGAUGACGAGUCAAUGAGCUCACCCCAAUUGGUAUCAGACAUAUAUUCUUUCGGGUGCAUUAUGUUGCAGGUAUUCACAGGAAAAGUUCCGUAUUCCGAAUUUCGAAGUGACCAUCAAGUUACCAUGCAGAUACUCAGAGGCCGGAAGCCUGCUCGACCAGUGACUCCGCCCAUUGCAGAUGCUCUAUGGGAUUUCAUGCAGAAGUGCUGGCUCGAUGAACCGGAACACAGACCUUCAGCCAAGGAAGUUCUGAUAUUUAUACAAGGACAGCUGAACCUGCCACAGGAAAGCUCCCGGCUCUCAUGCAACUCAUGA